AUGUGUGACAUAGCCUGCUAUCUUGUUCCGGGGUUUCUUGCUGGGAAUAAUGGCGAUCUCCUAGCACAUGCAGCUGUUCAUGUGGAAGUCAUUACCCAGGCGCGUGUAGUAUUUUUCAAUGAUGACCCGGGCCGCCUUCUUCACGGUCUUGCUUUUAUUGUUAAGAUUACCUAUACUUCACCCUUACACCUCACCUUUGUUCUUCCAAACCAGUUUGGAACAAGGCCACCAAUACUGAGUAGAAGAACAAGUUCUCUGAGACCAUGGAUGAUUGCUCUCAUUAUCACAGCUGUUGUGUUGGUUUUGGCAAUAACCAUCAGUCUCCUUGUUUAUUUUUUGGCAUAUAAUCAGAAGCCUCAUUAUUACCGAGCUUCCUUCCAGGUCCCCAGUAUUGAAUACAAUCCUGAUUUUUCAGUAGAAUACUCACAAAGUGGUACUCACUUAAAACAAGAGAUCAGUAAUGAGAUAGACAAUAUAUUUCAAAGAUCCAGUUUAAAUCAUUACUACAUCAAGUCUCACGUUGCCAACUUUAGGCCAAGUAAUAAUGGUUUGACAACAGAUGUAUUGCUUAAAUUUCAGUUUUCCUCUGAUAAUGCAGAUACAGUAAAGAAACAAGCUGAUGACAUUUUACAUCAGAAGCUGAAAUCUGAUGAAAGUUUCCUGAGGAUAGACACUUCAUUACCUUACCUUAAAUAUAUGAAUAAAGUACAAGCCGAGCACAUUCUUAACAGUUAUUGUGGUAUAGGGAAGGAGUCCCCAUCUUCUUCCAUGGAAAGAAUUGCCCUUGGUGAUGAUGCAAAGAAAUCUGCUUGGCCAUGGCAAGCCAGCCUGCAAAUAGAUGGAAUCCAUUUCUGUGGAGCCUCUUUAAUCAGUCAGGAGUGGCUCCUGACUGCUGCUCACUGCUUUGACAAUUACAAAAAUCCAAGACUAUGGACGGCUAGUUUUGGAACGACUCUCCAGCCUCCACUGAUGAGAAGAGAUGUGGAGUCCAUUAUCAUUCAUGAAAACUAUGCUGCCCAUAAGCACGAAGAUGACAUCGCUGUGGUGAAACUUGCCACCCCUGUCACGUUUUCUGAUAACAUUGGCAGAAUCUGUCUUCCAGAAGCUACUUUUGAAGUCUUCCCUACGACUAAACUAUUUGUCACUGGUUGGGGAGCACUGGAAAAAAAUGGUCCAUUUCCAAAUAAUCUGAAACAAGCUCAAGUAGAGGUUAUAAGUAACGAUGUGUGUAACCAGAUUUCUGUAUAUGGUGGUGCUGUAUCUUCAGGAAUGAUAUGUGCUGGAUACUUGAAAGGAGGGCCAGAUGCCUGUGAGGGUGAUUCUGGAGGACCUCUGGUUAUUGAAAGUAAUAACAUCUGGUAUCUUAUUGGAAUAGUAAGCUGGGGAAUAGACUGUGGAAAACCAAACAAGCCUGGGCUUUAUACCAAAGUGACUCUUUACCGGGACUGGAUUAAAUCUAAAACAGACGUUUAA